UCGGGAGCUCGAGUACAGAGUGCUUGAGGUUUUGGGCUAUAGAAGUUGGCAGGGCUUGCUGGGGCUGAAGCUGGAGAUCGGGGUUUAUGAGUGAGAGGUUAGAGACCCGCAGACAGUGGCGAGGCAGCCGGGGAGGUGAGCUUACUUACAGCAGCAAGCUCUCAAGGGGAAGGUCGACGCUCGCUCUGUGGGUUCGGUGGGGUGGCGGUGUCUCGCGUGUACAUAGGCAUUUGCACGUUCAGCCUGGGCCUUGCUAAAUUGGGACCGACCUCUCGUCCUCCGACUCCCCUUUCUCAAGGUUUCUAGACACGGACGUGUACAGGACGAAAUCGGAACCAUUGCAGAUUUGGGUCUGAAGAUGUUCUGCAAAGAUUGAGUGCACAUAUGAAUGAAACUACUAUUGCUGUCAAAAGAAGAGCCACUGGCGCUGAAGACGGUGCUGGAUCUGAGGUACCACUCGAUUUUUAUACAGUCACGUGAAAUGGAGUCCGGUGGCAUCGGCCCUUAGCUAUCCAAUGUUGUGGAAUCGUUCCCCGGCUUGCCAUCCGCAAUGGCUGUGUAAAGCUGACGGACUCCUGCAUGCAUUGCACCCCAUGCCCCAGCCUUCACCGAAGGCUUAAAAGAAUUUCUUUCGGCAUCGCAGUGGAACGAUUUCAGAGGCUUGUUACGGCCUGACAGGUCUGCUCACGUCGUCAUCGGAGAUCCUAUUCGAGUCGUAUCGUCGAGGCAUUUGAAAAGCCGAAGGGAAAUUCUGUCACCGCUGUAAACAUGUUGACGGCGCUGGAUUUCUGGCAUCUGGUGGAGCACAUCAUCCCGGUGUACGUGCUGGUGAUCGUCGGCUAUGUGCUCACCAGGUUCGAGAUCAUCGAGCCCGUGCACUCGCCGGGGAUCAGCAAGUGGGUUUCGACUCUCGGAGUUCCCAUGUACGUGUUCCAUCUGCUGGCUUUUAACGACCCGUACCAGACGAGUAUGCGCCUCGUGGGAGCGGACGUUCUCUCCAAAGCGCUCGUUCUGAUCGGCGGCUGCUUGUGGUGGAGGUUUUGCAAGUGCGGAAGCAUCGAAGGGGUGAUCGGCUUCUUCAUGCUGGCCACUCUCCCGAACACUGUGCUCAUCGGCGACGCUCUGCUGGUGCCGCUCUACGGAGAGGGAGCGUACACGCAAGUCGUGACCAUCAUUUUUCUCCAGUCGCUGGUUUGGUACAAUCUGUGCAUAUGCUUGUAUGAGCUGCGAGUCGUUCUUCUGGAGGAGAAACAGAACCAGCUCAUGUCGAAAUCCACCCUGGAACUCGAGAUUACACGCGUCCACCAUUCCGCUUUCGUCACUGUCGGUGGCAGCGGUCCACUCGAUGCGGUUGGACCCGCAAAAUCCGAUGGAUUCGACCCCAGGCACAAAAAACGCAAGCUGCAUUCCGCAUUUGUGCCUCCUGGUAACCAGGAUCCCACGCUGGAGCGCACCAUAUCUGCGCCUGCUCGUUUCUCUUUCUCCAGGUCUCUGUCUUUGAGAUUCACUCCGGGUAUCAGGGUUUUCGAUCUCGACUAUGACCCUCAGAAUAACGAUGUGGUCCAUCCAGAUGAUAAAGGUACACCGGCUCCAGCUUCGCCGGUCAUGAGUGCGUUGGAUCAGCAGAACGAGAAGACGGCGAGGAAUGUGUUCGAGCAGCAGACAGAGAAGAGUGAACCUGACUUAGAAAAUGGAAAUUCUGAUUUUGAAGCGGAGCAUGCAGAGAAGAAGACUGUAGUUUUGAAACGCAGCCACCUUUCAAGAUGGGCGCUUAUCACAUUUAAAAUGAUAAAUCGAGUGAAGAAAGUACCCUUGACAUAUGCAAGCGUCGCAGGACUCAUCUACUCUCUGUUUGCCUUCAAAUACAAUUGGAACAUGCCAUACCCAAUUCGAAAAUCGGUGGAGCUUAUCAGUGAAGGUGCUCUUGGGCUGGCAAUAUUUUUGAUGGGAAUGGCGUGGGCUAGAAGUGGACGACUAAUCUCAUGCGGUUUCAAAGCACUGUCGUAUGGGAUUGUCGUGCGGUUUUUGGUGGGGCCAAUUAUAAUGAUAAUAGCAGGUUUCGCCCUUCGAUUACAGGGAACUUCGCUUAAGUUCGCCAUAUUACAGGCGGUGAUUCCACAAGGAGUCAUAUCAUUUGUGCUUGCCAAGGAAUAUGGACUCGAUGUUCCACUUUUCAACACAGCGGUCGUAUUCCAGCUGGUCAUUUUCAUCCCCAUUGUGCUGGCAUGGUACUACCUUAUGGAGGUAUUUUAAACUGCAAGAUCGCAAGAUCUGCAAGAUAGAUAAUGUGCCUGUAUAUAUCCACAAAUUACUUGACGACCGGAAAUCGAAGGAGGAUGGGUCGUCUGAACUUCCCACGAGCUUCUGUGCAGCGACAGUGGCAGGAGCGAGUGCAAGUUGCCACCGGUCCUUGUGCGUCCUGAACAACUGUCAACGAAAUAGUCCAGGCCAUUGCACUUUAUGGUACGUGGACGCACGUAGAAGCCGAAAGAUAAGAAUAGCCACAUCCUUGCCGUGGUGUAGUUUAUGUACAUUGAAAGAUGUCAACAGAGGGAUAUAUCACACACUCAAGAGAACCGUGGGACCUGUAAUAAUGGAGAGUUACGCUCAUGGGUCGAGCAAUAGUUAGGAGGCGUGUAAGAUCCAUAUCGCUGCCAUAUCCAAACAAUUUUGACAGGUAGAGGAUGGAAGAAUGAAGUCAAAUCGCUUUUGUCUGGUAUCGAGGCCUGAGAGCUGUAAAUAAUUCAGGAGGAGGCUUCCUCAAUAAAACGAAGCUCCUUUUAGGGUGCGAUAAUUCUGAAAGAUUGUUCAAGUGGGCACGAGAGAUAUGCGCAGAGAUAUGAUUUGAUCCGAUUCAUGGGUUCUGAUUAUGGGAAUAUAGAUUUCAGUGUCAGCGCGAGGACGCUUCGGUCACGUGAUUAUGGCAAACAUCUCAGAGCUGUCGACGGUGGGCAUGUGCUAAUAUAUCUUCUCCAGCCGUGGGCUAACAGUCAAACCUGAUACAGUGUGGAGAAUGUGGUAGUGAGAGGAAUAAAGAAGUGCACUUAUCAAGUUAUGGAGUGCUGCCCGUGCACUACGCCGUGAGUGGAAUUAUUAUUAUCGUCGUCCAAACGAUGGAAAUGGAGAGCGCUAUGGUCUCUGAGCUGUUACAGCGAAGACUGUAGAGAAACAGUGGUUCGCUGAUUGGCAAGUGGUGCAUGCUUGGAUCGUCACGUCUGGAUGCAUCCCUCGUGCAUUUCUCGAUCUGCGAUCAAGUGAAAAUAAUUGUCAUACUAUUGAACUCGAACUGACCGAAACGUUCUGCGACGGUGGAAUUCUUUAGUCAUAGAUGAGGGAGGCAUGUCACCAGGAAUUUGAUAUUGAAGAGUAUAACUCACGGGACCAUGAUCGAUGGUUGUCAGACGAUGGCUGCACUCCCCCAAGGCAAGCCAUGUAUUGAACGUAUUGGGAUUGUGUACGGUUCAAUCUAUUCACCACGCACUGAGAAGUGUCAAUCAUGAUCACUCAUUGUACAUAUGAACCAGGAAAUGUCUUCUGGGAGUUGAGGAUUUCAAAUCGCAGCAGUGAUUUUUGGCUC